AUGGCCAUGGAGCUGAAGAUUCAAUUGGCUGAGCAGCCACUGAUGAGUCCAAAGGCCAAGCUGAAACCUGAGAAGAAGUCAGGGCCCAGGCCAAGGAGCCACAGAGACAGCAGGCCACAGAAAGAACCGGUGAUCCCAGGCAUCAUGGAUUUCGAGCUGAUCCCAGAGGCAUUGAGAACCCCCAAGCCGCAAAUCUCCAGUGCCUGCCGCUUUGGCCGUCUCAGCCACCACUCCUUCUUCUCCCGGCACCACCCCCACCCCCAGCGUGUGACCCACAUCCAAGAUGUUACUGGGAAGCCCGUCUGUGUCGUCAGGGACGAGUUCUCUCUGGCUCCCUUGCCUCAAUCCACACCCAUAUCCCGCUGUCUGAUGGGGAUGCCCACGAUCUCUGUCCCCAUUGGGGACCCACAGUCCAAUCGGAAUCCCUGGCUUUCUUCUGAGGCCUGGAAGAGGGAGUUGGAGGAGCUGACUUCGCGGGUGGCCAUCUUCACCAAGGAAAACGAGCUGAGGAACAAGGAGGUGGAGCAGAAGGAGGAGCCUCCACGGGAGCAGGGGGCGAAGUACUCGGCUGAGACUGGUAGGCUCAUCCCCGCUUCCGCCCAAGCUGUUGGUCGUCGCAGCUCCCGACAGGGCCAGCAGAACCGCUCUUCGGGCAGAGAUAGAGGACUCCACACCUUCCUCCUGCAGGAUCAGGAGCUGCUGAUCCUGGAGCUCCUCUGCCAGAUCCUGCAAACAGACUCACUGAACGCAAUCCAGUUCUGGCUGCUCUACGCUCCCCCCAAGGAAAAAGACCUUGCUCUGGGUCUCCUGCAGACAGCUGUGGCUCAGCUCCUUCCCCAGCCCCUAGCCUCCAUUCCAGCAGAAAAACUCUUGACCCAGCUCCAAGAAGUGCAAGAUCCACCACAAGAGAAGCAACAGCCUCCCUACAGUCAAUCCCCGAAGAAGACAAAAACACCACCUCUGCCACAAAGCGAAAAACCAGAGUACAUCGGAAAAGCCCAAGUCCUCCGGAUGCAUCCAAGCCAGGACAUGGGGGAGAAAAUGUCAAAGCCAAAGGCAGAGAGCUGA